AUGGAGAUAAACAUGGAUGCGGCUGCUAUUGAACAGAUGGGCAGCGGAACGCAGAGCGAUGACGAUGACAUGAUGUCGUCCGGUGGUGGUGGAGGGAUCGAGGGCGACAACACCGCUGCCUGGGAUGGAGGAGAAGGACAUGAUUUCGGAGACGAAGACGAGGAGCACGGUACCGCAGGCAACGGCAGACGAGGGGGCAACGCUGACGGCGGCGAAGGCGAUGGGGCACCCCCGCAGAAGAGGGCGCGGGACGCCAAGUACGCGAUCCCCACCAUGGAGGAGGCGUCCCUGUUGAGGGAGACAGAGGGGAAGCUGUUCGAGGGCAACCUCUUGAGGCUGGAGGUGGAGGAGCUGCUAGGAGAGGUCAGGCUGGAUCACGGCAAGAAGAGCGUCAAGGCGUUGGAGAAAUGGCUCCACGUGCUGAAGGACACUCUGGAAGACCUACCACCUGCCACGGUGACGGAGGAGUCGCUAGGGCUGGCGGGCAUUCGGCUCGCCAACCACGUCCCUGGAAAGCCCGUAACGCUGGAAUUCCAGCCCCCCGAGGCGAAUGGCUUCGACGUCGCCGGGAGUUUCUUGCUCCGUUCUCUGGCCAAGCCGAGCUUAAACGUCGACCUAGCUCUGCGCAUGCCUUCGGAGUGCAUCGUGUCGAGAGACUCGUUGAACCACCGGUACUUGGACAAGAGGGCUCUUUACGCAGGACACCUUGCGAAGACGGCGAUGGACGCUGCCGGGGCGUUGGGCAAGCUAGUCGACAAAGUGGAGCUGUCGUACUUGAAGGGAGACCCUAGGAAGCCGGUUGUGCUGCUGUACCCUUGUCUGAGCGUGUCGAAGAAGGGCAGUAAGAGCAGGGUCAAGUCAAAGGUCAAGGCGGGCACGGGGUUUGUGGUCCGGCUGUUGCCGUGCUGCGCGCGGAACGCCAUGGCGCCUGCUAGGCUUUCUCCCGGAAGGAACAACGUCAGGACGAGGGCGGCACUCGCAGAACUCGCGAGCAUGGAAGGCGGAGACGCAGUAGGAGGCGGGGGGGGGGAAGAGCUAGUGUCCUCCCUGUCUGCGACGCCGCACUACAAUAGCGCCAUCCUGGAGGACAUGUGCAUGACGGAGCACCUCGCCGCGCUGCACGGCAUCUGCGGGGACUCUAAGGCGUUUCGCGAUGCCAUAAUUCUCGGAAAGGUGUGGCUCGGCCAGCACGGCAUGAGGACGUCCCACGACUCCAUGGGCAGCUACGAGUGGUCCAUGCUGCUGCUGCACCUCUCGCAGACAAGGAGAGUGAACGCGCGAAUGGCCGCCUUGAGCAUGUUUCAGGUGGUGCUCAAGUUCAUCGCUGACGGCGGGCUGUCAAGCAAGUGUCUCACGGUGGACGUGUCGACCGGCGGACCCGACGAGCAAUCGCAUAAACGAGGAUUGACUCUGGAGGAAGAGAAGACUUUCAAGGACGCCUUCGCUGCCGUCAUGGUCGACACCUCGCUUGGCUUCAACGUGUUCGCGCGAUUGAGCUCGUCAGCUGUUGCGGAGUUGGAGAUGACCGCCAAGGCGUCGAUUGCUGUGCUCCAGGGCAGACCGGGGGCCGCGUUCCGGCGACUUCUGAUGACGCGCACCACCCUGUGGAGGAAGUGUGACGCGUUUGUGCAGGUUCCGCUUGUCUCAGCCAAUGCCGACAACGGGAAGCGAUGGAAAGAGGCAGAGGCCACAGGCACCGACAUGGAGAAGCUAAGAGAGCAGGAAGAAGAGGGAUUGCUUGACAAGCCGCUGUGGCGCCACGUGUCUGACAGGGUUACGGGUAUCUUGAGGGAGGGGCUCGGGGACCGGUGUGUGUUGGCGAGGCCCCUGUGCGGGGUGGCUGGGGAAGCGGCUCACGACUUUCAAGGCAUACCGGGCCCACGGGGAUGGCACCCACGCAACCCCCCCCCGGCGGGUGUUGGAGGCGGGUCGGGAGAGGGGAAGCGAAAGACCCUUCCCCUGUUGACGGUGGGUCUAAUCGUCAACCCUACGUUUGCCGGGCGACUGGUCGACAAGGGUCCACCAGCCGAAGAUGGCCCUGCAGCGAGGAAGUUCCGCGACUUUUGGGGAAGCAAGAGCGAGCUCAGGAGGUUUAAGGAUGGAAGCAUCGUGGAGGCGGUGGUGUGGAAGGGGAAGGGGGCUCAGAGACAUCGCGUCGUCGAGCAGGUGGUGCGCCAUGUGCUAGGACGCCACGAUCCUCUGAGGUGUGCCGACUCUUCUUCCGCCAAGCAGCGUGAUGACCAUGCGGUUCGCUUCAGGGGGAACGAGCUGUUGGGCUUGGUGACCGUCGGCGGUACUGAGGCGGGUUCGGCUGAGGACGACGACCUUACCCGGUCCGCAAUCAAGGCGUUGCAGGUUCUGCAGGAGAGGGCUAAGGCUGCCGAGGGCAUGCCGCUCAAGGUGGAGGCCCUGCAGGCGGCAUCUCCGCUGUUGAGGUACACCUCGCUCCUGCCCCCGGCGCCGCACCCACUGGCCAAUAGCCACGGGGAGUCCCCCGCUCCCCUCCCUUCCAAGGCCUCCAAGAUAUCCUCCCAGGUGGAGCCCAUGGAGGUUCUGGUGCGGUUGGAGACCUCGAGCAAGUGGCCCGAUGACCUCGACGCCGUUCGCAGUACUGGGACCGCGUUUCUCAUUCGGCUGGCGCAGUGUCUAGAGAAAAAGUACAACUUGAGGUGCGUGGUGGGAAGGGGUUUGAUGGACGUUCUCACGGCCGGCUACUGCUUCCGACUAAGGAUUGGCGGCGAGAGGGAGCUUUCGCUGCUAGGGAAGGACAAGGCGAGUGCCCCGGAGCGGCUAGCCUUGAAAGAGGCUGUGGUGUUGGCUGCACCUCACCACUCUACCAUCCACGGACUGCACCUGCAGAAGCCGGCGUUCGGCCUGACCGUCCGAGCGGCCUCGCGCUGGCUAGAGCAGCAUAUGAUGGAGGAGCACCUGCGAGUGGAGGCAGUGGAGCUCCUUGUGGCGAGCCUUUUUUCGGACGAGGCACCGCUGGCACCCCCGUCCACCGGACUGGCGGGAUUCCUCCGCUUCUUGCUGCUCCUCGCGGGACACGAUUGGGCGACCGCGCCGCUGCUGGUCGACCCGCAGGUUGAGCUGAGCUCAACGGAUAGGGCGGCUGCUACGGAGGCGUUUUCUCGAUCGAGGGACAGGGGCAUGGAUGCGGGUUCAGACAAUGCCAACACCCGACCCAACCGCCAAAACCACGAAACCACCACCUGCUUCGACCGGAAAAAACGCCUGCCCUUCUUUGCAGACCCCGGGGGCGGAAGCGCCAUGUACGUGGUCGCACCCUACGCCCGCGACCUGGGCUGGGAGUCUUCCUGGACCUCGCCCCGUCCCGAACGGCCUGUGCUCGGCCGACUGGUGGCUCUGGCCAAAGCAUCGGCGGAGUCUCUGGUGGGCUGGCUCUCGGGGGAGGGGGCGCUGGGGAAGGGGCCCGGUGGCUGGAAGGACGCCUUCAGGUUGGCGCUGAACGCGGCCGUCAUGUCGGACACGGCUCCGACCUCGCUGUGCGGCGGUGAGACCUUCCAGCGCCGUCGAGUCAAGGGCUGCCCCGCUCUACAGACCAAGGCCUACAAGAACCUACUCCGAGGAGGUGUGAGCAGUGAGCGCCGUCGAUGA